UGUGUUGAUCAUGCGUAUUACCGGCUUUAAAAAUAGUAUACGGCUAAAAAGGUUAAGUGAGGCAUAAAAACUAUUACGUUUGUUUAUACUAGUCACGUAGACGAGUGACCCGGAAGGUCAAAGUCUCUAUACUCAACCGUAUAGUGGUGUUACCUUAUACCUUAGGAAGCUGCAUGGUUUCACUGUUUUCCACGGCUAUUUUAUCCUAGUACCCGGCCUACUGUGGUAUGCCUUGGAUUCGUUGUCGGCUGGAGUGUAAAAAAAGGCCAAAAAGUGUGGCCUUCGUUGAUCGGAGUAGAUUAUAGAAUGUUUCAGUGUUGAAGAUCGGAAAAGGACCACCGUAACCAUGUAUCAGUGCCGCAAGUUUACUCGCAGGAAUCUACUCUUCCUACUAAUGAUAGGGGUGAUUUAUCUUCUGCUCGAUCAUUACUUCACCGCGGAAGAGUAUGGCGACAAUAGGGAGAAACUUGUACUCAUCGAAGAGUCGAUUAAAUCGCUCGCUAAUCAGGGUGCUUGCAAAAUGCCAAGCCUUCCGGUGGACUCGCCAGAAAUGCUGAGCUUUCUCAGGGACGAACAGCCGGUCGAGUGUGGAACAGAACUUCAGGAUUGGGUGAAAUGUGAGAAAUCUAUCUGUAGUAUCAAGCCGGAGGUAAUCAAGGAGAAGGGAAAGGUUACCUGUGAUUACGCGGAUAUACUGCGGAAAAGCGACUACAAGCUUUCGUUUGGAGAAACGACACGCACAAGCAAUAGUUACACGUUGCGGGCGAGUGAUUUUGUACGUGCCAAGUGCUGGACCGAAAGCCGAACGGAGCGUUGGCAGGGAGUGCUGAUAGGCAUCCGGCAGGAUGAAACGUUGCGAUCACGGCCUAGCUGGAACAAGGAAUCCGCCCUAAACGUCCUCAUGCUUGGCUUUGAUUCGCUCAGCCGAAACGCUUUCCAGCGCAAGCUCCCAAAGGCAUACAAGUAUCUCACGAAGUACCUUGGUGGGGAUGUGCUCCAGGGAUACAACAUUGUCGGUGAUGGGACGCCCCAAGCCCUCAUUCCCCUGCUGACCGGGUUCACCGAGCUUGAGUUGCCCGACACCCGCCGGCGAAUGAAAAACACCGAGUACGUGAACGUGUAUCCGCUGAUCUGGAAGGAGUACGAGAAGUAUGGCUACGUGACGGCAUUCAACGAAGACGUACCAAACAUCGGUACCUUCUCCUAUCGGUUGAACGGGUUCGAUGAGCAACCGACCGAUCACUACAUGCGCACCUACUAUGUCGCUAUCGAAGCCUACCUCAGCUACUACAAGCGGUUAUGCAUCGGGUCGAAACCGCGCCACAAGGUGAUGCUGGACUAUACGCGCGACUUCAUGGAGAGCUACCGCACGGCCAUGCCACGGUUCGUUUUCAGUUUUCACGGCGAACUGUCCCACGAUUCGAUAAAUCUGGUAGGGGUUGCCGACACCGACCUCACCAACUGGCUGGUGGAUCUGAAAAAAUCGGGCAUCUUAAACAGCACGAUUUUGGUGCUUAUGUCCGACCACGGGAAUCGGUUCGCCGAAGUACGCAACACGCUGCAGGGCAAGCAAGAGGAACGUCUACCGUUCUUUAGCUUCACGUUUCCCGAUUGGUUUAAGGUGCAGUAUCGCGACCAGUACGACAACUUCCGUCAAAAUCUCGAUCGACUCGUUACACCGUUCGAUAUACACGAGACUCUGCAGGACAUACUAACAUUGCAGACCCUCAAGACAAAACAAAAACCAGCCGUUACACGUGCCAUAUCGCUGUUCGAUGUGAUACCGCAAAAUCGGUCCUGUGCCGAUGCCUACAUCGAGCCACACUGGUGCGCCUGUCUAAACUGGCAAACGAUCAACGACACUGCCUCCUCGGAGGAGGUGUUCCGGUCGGCGAAAACCAUCGUUGAUACGAUCAACCAUCAUACCGAGCGUCAUCGGGGCAUUUGCACCCUGCUGACGCUCGACGAGAUCCGAUGGGCUGCGCGAUUGCAGCCGCACGAGGGUUUGGUGCGGUUCAAGCAGAACCGCGACACCGACGGUUUUCUCGGUGACUUUUCCUCCGACGCGAUCCGCGUCGCACACGACAUGUAUCAGGUGAAACUAGUCACCAAUCCCAGCAAGGCGAUCUACGAGGCGAGCGUAUUGCACGAUCGCUUAAACAACCGGUUCCGGGUGAAGCUAGGGGAUAUCUCACGCAUUAACAAGUACGGAGAGCAGGCCAACUGUAUCUACGACCGGGAUCCGGAGAUGCGCAAAUUUUGCUACUGCAAGGAUAGCCAUUGAACGUUGAGGAUCGAGAAGUACGGAGAGUGGCCCCUGAUCCUGAACGUUGGGACUUAUACAACGUAAAACGACCCUGCUGACUGAUUGAACUAUGGCAGAGCAUUUACAGAAUCUAGAGUCGAGGAAGUUCCUUACUUUCUCCCUUUUUCCUACGGGUCACCCCCCAUCGGCUGCGAAAAGUUGUUGUACAUAUAUCUGUUAUAUAGAGCUAGGCAAUACGAUGGUGUCUCCAUUGCAUAAGAGUAACGGCAGUAUUACUGCGCCCAAAUUCAUUAUACUUAACCCAUAUACUUCCUCCUGUUUUUUGAAAUAUCAUCUUGGAUCGACGAUCGAUCCUAGCAAAAACCGGUGCCAGCGACCGCCGACGAUUUGCAAAGUAGUGUUAACAACAAUUCAUCCCCUUUCUUUCGCGCGUCCUUCCCCGACGUUCAAAAGGGGUGGCGUGCGAAGCUUGAACUCUGGAAGUCAGGCCUCUAGAAGUCAGGGACACCAUAGACCGGGUAAAGGGUUAAGCCACUUUUUCAUAAAUGUACCUACGUGUGUGAGUGUAUGUGUGUAAAGCUUAUGAGUGUUAUGAAACUCGCCAUUUGUUUUAGGUAGGGUGAAUGAUCUCGAAUUAUACUGAAGAUUAAACGUUGGAGCUAUCACUCCCAUUUGGAAACAGUUUAUUUGAUGCAAUGAUUUCUAACUUCAUGAAAAAUAUAACAGGGAAAGUAGUAGGAACUUUAAAUGCACAACUAGAACGCUAGAAGCGAAAACCGAACUCAUUAUUAGUUGUUAGCUUUAAUUUUUGAAAUUAAUCAAACCAGCGUUUAGCUCACCUUUAAAAUCUCGAUUCUGUUACUCGGAGGAAAUACGCUAAGCGUUGUGAGAAUUUAUUUCUACGAACACGGUUCGUACCCUGCUGGAAUUACCAGUUUGAUGAUUUUCUUUUGUAAUUGAGUAUUAAACUUAAGCAUGGCAAGCAAAUUCCUUGUCUAUUUGUAAGAAAUGAAUACUAAAAACCAAACAUUUAAU